GUCUCCCUACACGUGUUAGUAACGCCUCUUCCAAAUAGACCAAUUGUAAACUUCGGAAGGCGGGUUCUCCCAUGACGGCGGGACAGAGUGACGGGCGUCGCUUUUGACUUAUGGAAACAUGGCUGCCUGUAAGGCCAGACCAAUCAGAAGUGAGAAGGCCGGAUGUGGGCGGAGCUCAAACUUCGGCGGUUGAACCGCUCGUGAAGAUCGAGUCCGUGGAGGUGAAGAGCGAAUACGCGGGUGCGGGCGCGGGCUGCAGGCGCGGGCUGCAGGCGCGGGCAGUGGGGAGUCCCCAGAGCGCAGAUCCUUUCACGCAGGUGGACGCCAGAACCUAUGCAAGCUGGAGAUUUCACGGGGUCUUUAAUGCAUCAUGUUGCCGCUCGCAAGAUACGCGGCUAGAACUUAGAGGACCCUUACCGAAUACUGCACUAGAGCUUGUAAGGACCCUGGCCAUGGACCAGCCCGCUGGCCUGCAGGUGGACUACAUCUUCCGGGGUGUGGAGCAUGCUGUGCGGGUUGUGGUUUCUGGGCAGGUGCUGGAGCUGGAGGUGGAGGACCGGAUGACAGCUGACCAGUGGCGUGGAGAGUUUGAUGCCAACUUCAUUGAAGACUUGACUCAUAAGACGGGGAACUUUAAACAGUUCAGCAUUUUCUGUAACAUGCUGGAGUCGGCCCUCACCCAGAGCAGUGAGUCUGUCACCCUGGACCUGCUCACCUACACAGACCUAGAGUCUCUGCGCAGCCGCAAGCUGGGAGGCCGCCCAGGUGCCUUGGCCCCCAGGUCGGCCCAGCUCAACUCCAAACGCUACCUCAUUCUCAUCUAUUCGGUGGAGUUUGACAGGAUUCACUACCCGCUGCCCCUCCCGUACCAGGGCAAGCCUGACCCUGUGGUCCUGCAGGGCAUCAUCCGCUCACUGAAGGAGGAGUUGGGUCAUCUUCGAGGGCUGAAUGGCGGCCAGGAUGCUCGGGAGACGGAGAUCUGGCACCUGAGGGAGCAGGUGACCCGCUUGGCGUCUGAGAAGCGGGAGCUGGAGGCACAGCUGGGCCGCUCCCGAGAGGAGGCUCUGGCGGGGCGGGCAGCACGCCAGGAGGCCGAGUCGUUGCGUGGGUUGGUGAGGGGCCUAGAGCUGGAGUUACGGCAGGAGCGUGGCCUCGGGGGUCGGACUGCUGGCCGCCGCAGCCAGGAUUGUCGCCGACUGGCUAAAGAGCUCGAGGAGGUGAAGGCAUCGGAGCGUAAUCUGCGCGCAAGGCUCAAGACACUGAACAGCGAGCUGGCCAUGUACAGAAGGGGGAGACGCACCUUGCCGCCGGUUGCAGUCAGGGAGGGCCGAGCUUCAUCGUCUCGAGAGCGCUCCACAUCCCGUGGUCGCGCGGUCACUCGCUCCUCAUCACGGGAGAGCAGCCGUGGUGCCCGGGGUCGUGGCCGGCCAGCACACCCCUCGCCCUCACCCACAGGUAGUCGUGCGCCCCGUUUUGACCCCACAGCCUUUGUGAAAGCCAAGGAGCAGAAGCAGAGAGAAAUCAGGAUGAAGCAGCAGCAGCAGCAGCGGAACCGAAUGGGCAGUGGAGGAAGCGGAGACGGUCCGUCCGUCUCAUGGUCUCAGCAGACUCGGCCCGCUGCUGCUGUGACGGGCCGAGGGGAUGCAGUUAACCGCUCCCGGAACCGCAGCUCCUCAGUGGACAGUUUCCGCAGCCGCUGCUCGUCAGUCAGCUCCGGCAGCGAGCUGGAGGAUUUCUCCCACUCGGUUUCCAGAAGUCGCCGCUGCCGUGGCCGAGGGAAACCACCCAGUCCCACACCCUGGAGCAGGUCCAAGACGAAGUCUACCACUCAAGAACGCAGUGAUCACCAGAGACAUCUGGCCAGUUCUGGGGACUGGGUCCCCAUUAAAGAGUACAGCUCCGACUUCCAGGGAGCUGACAUGGCUGAAAUCGAUGCCCGCCUGAAGGCUUUGCAGGAAUACAUGAACCGGCUGGACACGCGGUCAUGAUCCUGGAGAGGUGGUAUUCUGAUUUCUCAUUGUACCAUCAGUGGGUCUGGUGUGGAGGCAGCGCCCCUCCCGUGUUCCACAUCGCCAGGUGCUCCUGGAGUCUCAGUGUGUGAGGCCCUGUCUCCCACCUCUCCCAGUAAUUCAUUCUAGGAGAAGAGAGUGUGUAUUUUGUAAAUAAAUAUGGUUGUUCUUGGGA